UCUUUAUCCUACAGCAUUUUAGCCUCUACAACUUCCUGUCCUGGGCAAACUUUUGACUAUUUUGCCUGGAUUCAAGUUGAGAGCUCCUUCGGGAUUACUUCCAUUGCUGAGGGGGAGGGACUCGGGACGCUGAGAUGUUCUAACGGAUUAAACUGAUUGCACUGACGCAUAUGUAAAUUUCACUUAAAGUCACUGAAUUGUAACUGUCGCGUAUCAGUCGAAGCAGAGGUUUCGUUUAUCCCAACUGUCCGAGAAAGGGGAUUCUGUUGCUUUCGCUGGUACAGACUGCACAACGCAGGCUUUGGCAUAACACUUUGAACGCACAAGAGAAUAAGUACUAACUGGAUCGUCAUGGAGACGCUAGACAGUCUUAUGAUAUUGGUCUGUGUUAUUGCGCUCAUCAUUUUAGUCUCGUUGAUCGCUUACACGUGGGUGAAGUGGCAUAAACAGGAAGCCCAAGCACAAAUGCAAAUCAUCAACCAGCCACCCCCACCUGCAUUUCAGCCGGGUGCAGAGCUCCGACCCUACCCCCCUCAGACGCAUUUCCAGCGGGGCUACGUGAACGAGAUGGGUAAAAAUAGCCCGAAUCUGAGCGGCUCCCGAACACUUCUAAACGAUGACGUGUUGAAGCAAAAGCCCUAUCCCAAGGAUGGAAGCGCACCUGAGUUUCAAAGCAAUGACGUUGUAUACAACGCGGAUUCUGUGAAAAAUCCUGACGCACUUCAAGCUGGUGAUGUAGUGUUCCAUGCCAAAGGACCUACCGCUGAAAACAAAACAGCUGAUGAUGAUGUAGAAGCAGGUCACGUUGUAUUCAACACAGGGGACGAGAGCUUACGAGCAAGACCGCGGGUCUCGUCGCACAGCAAAAACACUUACUUAUAAAGUUAUAGUUUGGGACCAAUGUCAGUGUCUGAGAAAUUGCGCACCUACCCCUCCCCUAACCUAAGAAUAGUCUACUGAUAACAAGUCAAGGUUAAUGUUGGAUUGGGGAAGGGUAGGUGUGCAGUUGCUCCAAUAUACUGACAAUAAUCCGCUGAAUUUAGCUGAAAAAUUAUAUUUUUACAGAACUUUUGCCUCAUAUACUGAUUAAGGGGGUGCUCUUGCCUAAAUGACGUCUGAUGCUAUUUCGGAGGAGAUUUCAGUGCACUGCAAUACUUGGGUUAUCAAAUCACAAUUGGUCCGUCGUUAGCGCAGUCUUGAGUUUUAAAAGCAACUACAUUGAGACUCCAGCAACUUGACCAGCACAUGUUUGACAGGCGCACCUUGUUCUAUCAAAUGCACCGCACUGAAAUUUGCCGCCAUAACUAUCAAUAGAACGAAAUUCCGUGGAUGGGUACAAUAGUAAUCUUUGUACGUAAAGUAUCGCCAGUUUAUCAGAUCCUAUUUCAACGUUUGUUCAACAUUUGUUCAAGUGUUGAAAACCUUUUCAGUGUACUCAAGUUAAUCGAGCCAGACCCAUGCACAGAGCAAGUUAGGCAUAGGUGCUGAAGCUUGCAGGUUAAGCGUUAGUGUUUUUUUCUUUUUUUUUUUUUUUCUUUUUUUGCGUUUUAAGGAAAAUGCCGGCCCACGGCCAAGGAUUUCUCUUCUUUCACAUUUAAGCUUUCGUGAAUUUGUGAUACGUUUUCAAAGAGUAUUCCAGUGUCCUUCUACAGAAUUCGUAACUUUUUUAUAUCGCUAUUUUCAUUUGUUUAUUCCAAAUGUAGCUUGUGAAGAGGUAGUGUGAAUUAUCUAUCAAAAAUGUAUACGUAAAGAUAACAUGGUAAUUAAGGGAGAUUGGUAUGCUUUGUAUAUUCUUGGCUGACCUAUUUUUAAAAACGUUUCUGUCGAAGAGUUUUAAUAAAUUAUUUUUAAGUAAA